UAGAGCAUAUUUGCUGCUCAUGAAAAGGAAUAGCUGCAGCAGCAGCACUGACCGGCAAGAUGUCAUACAAUCAAAAAUUAUAUCAGUGGCAUAAAGAAUGUGAGAAAACCAUUCAAGAAUAUAAUAUUGAAACUUUGUGAAGACAAAAAGUUGCAAUUGCAGCAGCAGCUAGUGCAAUUGUAAUUUGGGCUAAUAAAAUUUCGAAAAAGAAGCGGCAAUAUAAAAAAAAACGGAUUUGGGUGACUGAAUUGUUUCAACAACGUCGCCGUAAUGGAUUUUAUUAUACAACUUUACCUAUAUUAAAGUUGGAAGACUUGCGUUUUCGAAAUUAUUUUCGAAUGGAUACUACUCAAUUUGAAGAAUUAUUGCAAUUAGUAGGUCCAAAAAUUACUCGACAGCAUGUCAUUCGUGAACCAAUAGAAGCGAAACAACGAUUAUCAAUAUGUUUGAGAUAUUUAGCGAGUGGAGAUAGUAUGACAUCGAUGUCGUAUCAUUAUCUUGUCAGUUUGACAGCAGUAUCCCAAAUUAUUGCCGAAACAUGUCAAAUCUUAUGGGAAGUAUUAUCACCACUUGUAUUGGUGCCAUGUAAUGAAGCAAACUGGAGAGCAAUUGCCCAUGAUUUCAAUGAAAAAUGGCAUUUUCCACAUUGCAUUGGAGCUUUAGAUGGAAAGCAUGUUGUCAUACAGAGUCCUGAACAUUCCGGUUCAAUGUAUUAUAAUUAUAAAAAACUCACAGCAUUGUGUUAUUAGCAAUGUGUGAUGCUAAUUAUCUCUUUACUUUGGUUGAUAUUGGAGCUUUUGGACGUCAAAGCGAUGGUGGUAUUUUCAAGCAUUCUCGAAUGGGUCAAUUAUUUGCACAAGGAAAAAUGCAUAUUCCACCUCCGGAUGAAAUUUAUGAAGGAAGUACUAAUUAUCCGUACGUAAUAGUUGGAGAUGAAGCCUUUCCAUUAAGUUCGUAUUUAAUGCGACCAUAUCCUGGUCGAGAAGGAUUAUCACCGGAAAAGAAAGUCUUCAAUUAUCGACUAUCUCGUGCAAGAAGAAUGAUCGAGAAUACAUUUGGCAUAUUGGCGGCUCAAUGGCGAAUUUAUAGAAAAUGUACAAUUGCUAAAGUAGAUACUACUGAAAAAAUGGUAAAAGCAACAGUAGUGUUACAUAAUUGGCUUCGCAAACAAGAUCUAACAAGAGAAAUAUUUAUAACUCCAGACAUGGUUGAUAGAGAAAGAAAUGAUGGCUCAAUUAUACCUGGUACAUGGAGAAGUAUGAUUGAAAGUAAUAAUACAGCGUUACAAAAUAUUGCUACUUGUUGUACUCAUACAUAUUCAAGGGAAGCUGCAAAAAUUCGAAACAAAUUUACUGAAUAUUUUAAUGAAGAAGGGGCCAUUCCAUGGCAAUUUGUACAAAUUUAUCAGUAAGAAAUAACAAUAAAAUAGCAAUAGGAUUUUCUAUAAAUAAAACUAUUAUUUU